AUUCCAACUACGAGAGUAGAUUAUCAUUGAUAUCGGGAUUAAACAUUUAUGUACCAAGAGAUGAAAAUUUUGGCCACUUGAAGUUAUCAGACUUUCUUGGAUUUGCUUUGAAAUCACUUGUUUCAACGGUCCAACCAGCGCUUGUAAACUUGGUAGAUUUUAGUCCAACAGAGUUUGAUAAAUUCCAAGAUGUUCAUAAUCUUUAUGAAGGAGGACUUCCUGUCCCAUUAGAUGUCUUUAGGAACCUCACUAAGGGUUUCACUCCACCCAUGUUCCAAGAACUUCUAAGGACCGACAAUGACCAACGCUUUCUCAAAUUUUCACCUCCACAAGUUGUUAAAGAGGACAAGUCUGCAUGGAAAACAGAUGAAGAAUUUGCAAGAGAAAUGCUAGCUGGAGUUAACCCUCUAAUCAUUCGUCGUCUAGAGGAAUUUCCUCCCUUGAGCAAACUUGACCCCAAAAUCUAUGGUGAUCAAAAUAGCAAGAUUACUGAAGAAGACAUAAAGUUUGGGUUGGAUGGACUAACAGUUGAUGAGGCAUUGAAUCAGAAGAGGCUAUACAUAUUGGAUCACCAUGAUGCUCUAAUGCCAUAUCUUAGAAAAAUAAAUUCAACAAAAACAAAAACUUAUGCAACAAGAACAUUGCUAUUUUUGAAAGAUGAUGGCACUUUGAAGCCAUUGGUGAUUGAAUUGAGUUUGCCACACCCUCAAGGUGAUCAAUUUGGUGCAAAUAGCAAACAAUAUUUUCCAGCUGAAGGAGGAGUUGAAAACUCAAUAUGGCAGUUAGCUAAAGCUUAUGUGGCUGUGAAUGAUGCUGGUUACCAUCAACUUAUCAGCCAUUGGUUGAAUACUCAUGCAGUACAAGAGCCAUUUGUGAUUGCAACACAUAGACAAUUGAGUGUGCUUCAUCCUAUUCAUAAAUUGCUUGUUCCUCAUUACAAAGACACUAUGUUUAUAAAUGCAUUUGCAAGGCAAGUCCUUGUUAACGCUGAUGGGUUACUUGAAGAAACUCAUUUUCAAUCAAGGUAUUCCAUGGAGUUAUCUUCUCACAUUUAUAAGGAAUGGAAUUUCCUUGAGCAAGCACUCCCCGCUAAUCUCAUUAAGAGAGGUGUAGCGGUUGAGGAUGCAAGUUCUCCACAUGGACUUAAGUUACUCAUAGAGGAUUACCCAUUUGCUGUUGAUGGACUUGAGAUUUGGUCAACAAUCAAAACAUGGGUUACAAAUUAUUGCUCUCUAUACUACAAAGAUGAUAAAGCAAUCCAAAAUGACGUUGAACUCCAGUCCUGGUGGAAGGAGCUUAGAGAAAAAGGUCAUGCUGAUAAGAAAAAUGAAACAUGGUGGCCAAAGUUGCAAACUUUCAAUGAACUAAUUGAAACAUGUACUAUCAUCAUAUGGAUUUCUUCAGCUCUUCAUGCCGCAGUUAACUUUGGACAAUAUCCUUAUGGAGGCUUUAUUCCAAAUAGACCAACUAUCAGUCGUAGGUUUAUACCCGAAGCAGGCAGUGCUGAGUACAAAGAACUCGAAUCAAAUCCUGAGAAGGUUUUCUUGAGAACAAUCAAUUCACAAUUUCAAACACUUCUUGGUGUUUCACUAAUUGAAAUCUUGUCAAGGCAUGCUUCUGAUGAGGUUUAUCUUGGACAAAGAGCCAGCAUUGAAUGGACUUCAGACAAAGCUGCAUUGGAAGUAUUUGAGAAUUUUGGAAAACACGUGUUUGAAGUCGAAAAUAGAAUUAUUGAAAGAAAUAAAGAUGUCAAUCUCAAAAAUAGAACUGGACCUGUUAAUGUGCCAUAUACUUUGCUUCUUCCAUCAAGUACUGAAGGCCUCACUGGUAGAGGAAUUCCAAACAGCAUCUCUAUUUGA